CUCUCCACUCGCGCUCUGGCUCUGUUGGAUGUAACCGCGCGCGCGUUUCGCUCUCACCGAGGACCGAAAUCACGCUUUCGUUUUGUUGGAUUACAGCCGAUCUGAUGUUUUAUUACUGCAGUCUGAUGCGAAGAAAUGGGUAAACUCCAUUCCAAACAUGCUGCAAUCUGUAAACCGAGGGAAAGCCCGGAAGGUGAUAGUUUUGUAGUGAAUGCCUGCUUGGCUCGGAAAGGGCUGGACGACUGGCUGGUUAAACAGAGGUAUUACUGCACCGGCGCUCGGCUGGAACAGCAGGACUGUCCACAGAAAAGUACCUGCGGGACAUCUGCGAGGGACCCUCUGAAGGAAGCUUGUGCUGAGGGAAUUAGUGAUGAGAACUAUCGUUUAGAAGUAGCCCUGCCCCCUGAGAAGAUUGACAGCCGCAGUGCAGAAAAGAAGAUGCAGGAGAAGGAGAUUUCUGCAUCUACAGGCCCAAAUAAACAACUACAGUUUGAGGAGCUGGAGUGUGCUGUUUCAGUGGAAGAGGAUAACAGGCAGGAGUGGACCUUCACUUUGUAUGACUUCGACAACAACGGCAAAGUUACGAGAGAGGAUAUCACCAGUUUGCUGCACACGAUCUACGAGGUGGUGGACGCUUCGGUGAACCACUCGCCGAGCAGCAGCAAAACUCUUCGUGUGAAGCUCUCCGUCACACCCGACGCCAGCCAGAGGUGGAGGAACGGCAGCAGCUCUCACGCCAACGCAGACAUGCCACACCCCAGGCUGAAAGCUGAUAAGUGUGUUGAGGAGCCCAAAAACUCAGAGAAGAAGUCCAGAGCCCUUCUGAGGCGUCAUCACAGUGACCAUCACACACAGCAGGGCUGCCAGAGACACUGCGUAGAUGAAAACCUGGAGAGAAGGAAUCAUUAUCUGGACCUGGCUGGUAUUGAGAAUUACUCCUCUCGCUUUGGGACAGCGCCCACUGCUGAGCCGCCAAAACCCGACCACGCCUCUCGUCCGUCCAAUCAGACUCGAUCCCGCUCUCAAGAGCCUGAGAAUGGACACAGCCACCUGCCCCACCACCACCGGCGCUCGCACACCAUUUCAACGGAGACCCCUGUCGUGCAGGACAGCCUCUGUCUCCGCCCACGAGCCCAGGACUCUGCCCAUCAAGCCCACGGAAUACGAUCACCCAAAGCCCAAACUUCCUGUGGCAGAGUGAUGAAACGAGGCCCCACCCCUCCAUCUGCUCCACCUGCCAACGUCGUGCCCCAUCAGAGUUCUGCACCUUACCGACGACACAAGCAGCGGCCCAGAGAGGGGCCUCCGGCGCGAGGGGCCGGCGCUUCAGGACGUGGGGCGGGGCCGGUCGUGAGUUCAGGUCCGGUGGUGGAAAAGGAGCAGGUGAGGGAUCUACCAAGCGUGGUGCUCUACGAAGGCGGCCUGGCGCAGGUGGUGCAGCGGCACGAACACCACCAUCAUCACGAGCACCAUUACCACUAUCAUCAUUUCUACCAGUCGUAAGUGGAGAGCGUGAGACGAAGCAAAGGAAGCCGCGCCCGCGAAGCCGUACGCGGCCGAGCCGAGACCGACGCGCAGCAGGCGCCGUGUUCUCCCUGUGUCUUUGCAUGUGUAUGUAAGAAGCCAAGAGAAAAGGAAAGGGCUAUAUCUCUCUCUCACUUUAUAUCAUUUCUCUUCUACUUGGAUUACUUUAUCUCCUGCUCAUGCUCUAACGUACAAUACGAACACUUUCUCACGAUUGUAAAUCACCAUAGAGACAUACCAGAUCACGGGGUUAGAGGUCAUAGAUGCGUGAGAUCGAGUCGAAUAUAAAUUAUGUGAAGUCUCUUAUGUGAAAAGGGAUGUGACUGUUAAUUGAAGUAUUUUGAACUAUGAAGGAAAGGAGAGAUCGAUAAUCUCCUGUGUGUGUAAGUGUGUGUGUGUGUGUGAGAGCGAGAGAGUGUGUGUAGAUGUAUGUAAUAUGUAUGCAUGUAAUGUACAGUAUAUGUGUGUGCCUAAAUUGCCUACGGUGUCUUUUGGACGCUGAUCCUGUGUUAUUGCCACUCGAUAACCACUCGAAAAAGCACUUGUGGGUCGGCUCCAUUUAUCGUGUAAAAGACGGACGGACGGACCGCGGUUCCUUUCGACUCGGCUUCAGAGACCGCAAGGACAAAAUGACAAACCUGGAGAAUGAAGAAAGUGAAAGAAGAAAUCCUAAUCUGCUGCUACCUCUAGUAUUAUUAUAAUUGUCGAGAAAACGAUCAUUUAGAUAGUAAUUUUUUUUUAUUUUUAUUUUUAUUAUUAUUUUGUUUUCUUUUACACCACAUCUACAGUUAUGAUGUUUUCUAAAAAAAAAAAAAAAAAAAAAAAAAAAAAUUGCAUACAUAUGCUACAGACUUUGUUGUACGUUCCUGUUUAACACAAAUAUACCGUCAGCAUCGUAAGCUUUACGAAUAAUGUGAUUUUUUUUUAUUCGUUCUGUAAAACGUUCGCUCUUUCUCAGCUCUUUACUGAAAUCCAGUUCGGCGUCUGAGUGUUUUUUAUUAUUAUUAUUAUUUUUAUUUUUUUUAAUUUUAUUUUUUUUUUUUGUAAAGACCACUAAGUCUGAAAGGUUUAUAGCACAGUGAAAGUGUAGUAUGUAAUGAUAUAAAGAUAUAUAUAGCGUAUGAGGAUUUCCUUUUGAAUCUGUGUGAUGGAGUGAAUGAAUACGAAAAGUUUGUACACUCUGGAAAUAAUGCGUUAAGAGAAAAAAAAAAUCUCCACACUCAGAGAAAGAAUCGGUUUUUAUUCCAACGAGAUGUUUCGUAGAUGUUUCUUCAUUAUCCCAGAAACUGAAAGAAAAGGGGAUCAGUUCCAAAAGUUCCUCGUUAUGAAUGUGAUAAAAAAAACUUUCUCAUAAAUGUUUGGAAUGUGAUAUAAACUCUGAAUUUUCCAAACAAUUUCUUGUCCUUUUCAACAUCCUUUAACAUCUUUAUUAUUUUCUGUAUUAACUCUAUUCAGAAUUUUUCAUUCUUGGAACUGAUUUUAGAUGAAUAUGUAAAGGAAAAUGCAUGACUGUUUAUUUUUAACCCAGAAACCGGGGGGAUGCAAACUUUUGCACUAACAGAAAAAACUUGUUAUUGUGUGUGAAUGUGUGUGUGUGUGUGUGUGUGUGUGUGUGUGUGAGACCUUCCUCAGUCCUGAUCCUUAAGAUUACAGUAAUGAUGGAUCUCUCCCAUGUUUGUGUGUGUGUGUGAGAGAUAGAGAGAGAGGCAGAGAGAGAAAUACAGAAACAAGCCGGCGUUUUUUUUAACAGGUGUGUGUGUCUGUGUGUGCCGAGAGAGAGAGAGAGCGAGAGAUGCAGAUGAGAAGUAGUUUUUUAACAGGUGUGUUUAUCUCUCUCUGUGUGUGUGUGUGUGAGAGAGAGAUAGACAGACAGAGAGAGAGAUGCAGACAGGAAGUAGUUUUUAACAGGUGUGUGUGUGUGUCUAUGUUUGUGUGUGUGUGUGUGUGUGUGUGUGUGAGAGAGAGAGAGAGAGAGAGAGAGAGAUAGACAGGCAGAGAGAGAUGCAGACAGGAGGUAGUUUUUAAUAGGUGUGUGUGUGUGUGUGUGAGAUAGACAGGCAGAGAGAGAUGCAGACAUGAAGUUUUUAACAGGUGUGCGUGUGUCUGUGUGUGUGUGUGUGUGUGCGUGUGUGUGUGAGAGAGAGAGAGAUAGACAGACAGAGAAAGAGAUGCAGACAGGAAGUAGUUUUUAACAGGUGUGUGUGUGUGUGUGUGUGUGUGUGUGUGUGUAGGACUUCAAUAAAGGAUAAAGUGAACUUUUGCAAUUCUAGAACGUUCAGGACACUGGACUAUUUCAUCUCUCACAUCCAUCACGCUUCAUUUCCUGAACAUUUUCUGACUGUAUGUUUUGUGUCACCUGAUAAAGUAAAAGGGCUCUGAAACAUAAAAAAAACAACAAAAAAAAACGUCAUCUUUAAAAAACGGAUUUCAUUUUUUAAGUUCUAAAUUAUGUCUUUUUUUUAAUUAAGAAGAAACAAACGUUACAUUUAAUAAGACGUGGACAUCAAUGAACCGUUACUGUAAUCAUCUCCAUGGAGAACGUUUGUAUAUUUGAUCCAGAGAGGAUUCAAUAAUAAACGAGAUCAGACCUGAAUAGAUGAAUAUUUAAAUCCAGAUCUCGUAUUAAAUCUCGAUCUGAAGUCUAUUCUCACUGACGUCCGUGAUGGAUUCGGCAAACUGGCCUUUCCUUUAAGAGCGUCUCUAAUGAUUAUUGUAUAUAAGAUGUACUAAGAAAGAAAUGUAGUUAACGUGAUGAAUCACGACACGAUGUGUAUCACGAGAUCUGGGACUUCCUAACGAACACUUGCAUGACCGUAGCUUAGCGUUUAUUAAUAAACCUUGUGAAAUGUUUUAUUGAUAUAAAU